AUGUUUGGACCAUUUAAACCAAGUAGUACAUUAUUAGGUGGACUGUUAUGGAAAAUCCCAUGGAGAAUGUCUAUGGGUCAAAAAGCCAGGCAAAGGUUAAGGCUAAGACAAGUAGAUAAUGUUAUUAAACAGUUGACUCUUGGAUUACAUGUGGCACGUUGUGAGACAAAGGGAAUUCAGUAUGAUGACGCUUUAAAGAUGAGAAAGAAAUUUAAACCACGAAGUAAAAUGUUACGAUUAUAUAAUAAGUCUUCUUUCUUCCCAAAGGAAGAACAGAUGUCCUCAAAGAAUAAAUAUACUGUUUUUGAUAGAGAGGAGAGAGAUUAUAGAAAGGGAAUACAUAAAGUUCCUAAAUGGACGAAAGUUUCGUGUUCGAGAUUAACUAAGUAUCAUUAA